AACAUGCGCACCCUGCGACAGCUGCCUGUCGCCUAAUUGUUGUCGCAGUCGAUUGCCCCGCGACCAUCAUUUAUCGAUAGCCUCCCGCCGCUAGACAUUUUGCCGACCAGCCCUCCGCUCAGCCUGAUGCUGCAACUGACCGCGGGCUCUGAGCCCACCAUGGCGAGCAAUCACCGGCAGCCCUAUGCAGAGGAUUACUUCUCUGACGACGGCCAAAACAAAAACAACAAUGGCGUCCCUAUCGGGGCCUUCACGCCAGAUGCGUCGCCAGGCAAGGCAAACGUCCGUACCAAACGCUCCAACCCCGAAGACUUGGGGACCGAAAAGACCCCUACCGGUCGAGUACCAACAUUCGACGUAAAGAGCGACUCUGGUGCUACGUCCCAACGAAGCCCGCCCGUCGUCAACACUGUCCCGGCAGCUCCUUCCCCAACUCCCGCGCAAAGAGCUCCCAGACCCCCUCCCUCACGCCAACAAAGUACUCAGAGUGCCCAAAGCUCUCAGAGUGCUUCCCGUCAUCCCUUGUCGCGCAGAGACUCACAGGCCUCACGGCGACCCCCUACUACUGAACGACGACCUACCAUCACGAGGGAGCCGGCACCCAAACGUAGGGACAGCCGAAAUGUAGACGAAUGCACGGUACCUGGCUGCACCGGGUGUGGACCUGAUGCCAUCGAAACUCGACCACGACAGUCACGCCGCCAAUCAAUGCUGCAGACCCAGCCAGCCGAGUCUGCCCCCGAUGUUUCCUACCCUCAUCCAUACGACACACGCUCGCAGGUCUCAGACCCUACGCAGUAUCAAGCUUCCUCUCCAAGGGAGGCUCAGCAGCCCCGAACGUACCACACACCGCAAGGUGGACCUGUCAUUCAGCCCGGCAUCUCACGCCGAUUGUCAGUCAACAGUCGCCAAGCUCGGCCCACCAGCUACCACGGAGAUCCCAAUUUCAACUGGCAACAGCCCGGCAUGCAUUCGUCCCACCCGAAUCUGUCUCACGAGCAUGGUCCACCUCUCUCGAGGUCAGCGUAUGGCAACCUGCCCUAUACUCAACCUCAAAUGAACGCCCCAUACAUACAGCAGUAUCAACCGCAGGGCCCAUCGCCAGCUGCAUUCUACCAAGCGCAACAAAUGCAGCCUACGCACAACCAACAGAGGCCACCUCUACAGGCGCGCGUCUCUCAGACGUCUGCUUAUGGAUACCCCAUACCGCCCCCGGUCGUGCAUGUAGAGCGUAGUGAUCGAAAUAUGCCCUCAGCAAGAUACCAUUCCAACGCUCCGCAUCAACUUCCGGCCCAACGUCGACAGCCACGCAUUGAGUAUCCCGACCAGGAGGAUUACGAUUCCCAGUCUGAAUCCGAGUCUGAGACUGAGUCCGAAGAAGACUAUGAGCCAGAGUACCAGCCCCAGUCUCGACUUCAGAAAGGUGCACCCCAACGGCGCCCGAGCCUACGCCAUGCAAAGACAACACCUGCUCCUCCGGCGCCUGAGCCAAGACGUCCACAGACAGUCGUCAUCCCUGAGCGACGUGUCUCUCGACGCGACCGCAACCUCGACCCUCGACCUACCCGCCGUACCUCGAUGAGUAGACCACCGCUCGUACCGUCUAUCAAGUCUGAGUCAACUUAUGAUACUCCGCGAGCUCGUGUUAUUGUAGAGAACCCGCAGUCUUCUCGUCGCGAGUCUUUACAGGCCUACGACAAGACCUUUAAGGAGCACCGCAGGGCACGGCAACAGGAGUACGAGCAAAAACUCCCGAAGCGAUCUUCAAGAGCCUACGACAACGUAGUCCUUGGCCAUGACUACGAGCGAGAUUAUCACGACGAUGACGAGGAAGCAGCGCUUGUUACGCGUGCCCCACUUCGUCGCCGUGAUACCGACACUGAGCCUCGUCGAAGACCUCAACGGUCCGUUGAAGUUAGGCAGGCUGCUGAUGCUGAGGACUACAUUAAUGCGAGACGUGGUGAGCGCGACACGUAUGCCGAUCAGACCUACGAGAUUGCCAAGAGACGGUCGUCACGGGCUUCUGGAGGACCUUCUGAGGCUGAGUCUUCCCGCAGCAAGGGCAGCGACAACAACGGCGAGAUCCGUCUUCGAAUUGGAAACGAUGCUCCGGUUACCCUCAGUCUCAACGGCGACAUGGAGGGGCGUACCCUACAGCUUGUUCCUAUUGAGAACGGGAUGAACGAACUGGUCAUCAGCAGUAAUUCUCGCAGUGGCGAGAGCACCUACCGAAGCGAGAGAGGAAGCACUCGGGGCGACAGAAAGACUAUUACGUCCGCUAGUCAGGCACGGAGAGACGCUGAGGAAAUGACAGAACGGAGCUCGCAGAGCAACCGCAGGAGACGGGAGACACGAGGUGAGCAAGAUGAACCGCGACGUGUUCUUCAUCGACAAACGCGCAGGGGGGAGCGAAAAGGGCCCGAGUACCAAUACUGAAGCGCCCCAUGCCCUUCAUACAGUAACGGGAAACUGUCUCUUGUUCGUUUCUUCGCGCGUACACGGUCGGUAGCACAUGUUGCAGCGUUUGUCUGGCUUUCUCUUUCUUGCUUCCUAGCAGAACGCUCAAGUCUGCACCAAAAGUUUCAGGCGGACAUCGCUGCCUCA